AUGACUGCUCAUACACUGUACCAAAUGGUCCCACCAACAAUUCGCAGCAUAAUUUCGCGGUCCCAUCAGCAGGCAGCGUUCUCGUUCGUUUGCCCGAGUUGUCAGCUCCGCACACCUGCUGCCUCCCGGUUCUCCAGAGCCAAUUCCUCUCCGAGAGCGACUCUUCAGAAGCAUCAUGGCUUGCGAUCGCGGAACUUCUCUACUACUACGCGACGCUCAGCAUAUGUCAAUCUAACGAAUCGCGGCGUGGUCCGAGUCGCGGGGCCUGAUGCUGCACAUUUCCUCGACGGCCUACUCCCCGCGAAGAUCCUCGGAGUAGGACCAGAACCCAUCUAUACCGCCUUCUUGACGGCGCACGGCAGGAUACUCGUCGAUGCUUUCAUUUACCCCCCUGCCUCAACGGAAGCCCCGGAAUGGUUCAUAGAGGUCGAUGCCGAGAGCGUGGAUAUUCUCACGAAGCACUUGAAGAAGCAUAAAUUACGAAGCAAGUUCGCAAUAGAGCGUCUGAAAGAACCGCCGAUCUUUGUUAGCCAUGACACGGCGCUGGACGGGUCUCAAGCCUCAGGUCCUAGUGCCAUCGAGGGUCUGAGGGCUGGAGGAAAGGAUCCACGGCCAGGCAUGGCUAGCAGAUACGUUGUGAGUGAGUCUUGGGCGGCGGAACUGCGCCAGAAAUUAGGAGACGAGCUGCCUUUAGACGCCUACACGAACGAACGGAUGCGGAAUGGGUUGGCUGAAGGCCAGUCGGAGUUGAGCAGCGAAGCUUCACUACCACAAGAGAGCAACAUCGACCUGCUUGGUGGGAUUGAUUUCCACAAGGGCUGCUACCUGGGCCAGGAGCUAACAAUACGGACCCAUCAUACCGGCGUGGUACGGAAGAGAGUCCUUCCCGUACAGCUAUACGACAAGGACAGCGAAUCUAUCGAGCACAGAUCAGAAUUACCUCCGCCCGGAUCCAAUCUGUCCAAGGUGUCUACCCGUAAAGGCCGUAGCACGGGAAAACUCCUGGCGUCUGGACAGAGCGUGGGAUUGGCCCUAUGCCGGCUCGAGAUGAUGACGGAUAUCCAGCUGACGGCCGAUGCGACGAACUUUGAUCCGAAGGAAGAGUACAAGGUGACGUGGCAGAAUGAUCAGGGCCAGGACCAGUCGGUUUUCGUCAAACCGGUGGUCCUGGAUUGGCUAAGGAAUGGAAUUGAGGCGAACCUGAGGAGGAAGGAGCGAAAGCCUGCGAAGAAGCAGGAUGUGGAUGAGGACGAGCUUGACGAUUGA